GUUCACACGCUUACGUCACUGUAGACUCACGCGAAACCCAACAAAAAGUCCACCGAAAAAAGAAAUAAUAAUAAAAUUCCUAAUUAUCACAUUCAACACAAAAGAUACCCAGAGAGACAUAAGAAAGAAAGAGAGAGAGAUACUUUGGUCAUUUCAGGGUUGGAUCGUUUCUCUCUCUUGUUCUUGAGGUUUCGAGGAGAGAGAGAAGAGAGAGAGAUGGGAAGGGGUAGGGUUCAGCUGAAGAGGAUUGAAAACAAGAUCAAUAGGCAAGUCACUUUCUCAAAGAGACGUUCUGGUUUGCUGAAGAAAGCUCAUGAGAUCUCUGUUCUCUGUGAUGCUGAGGUUGCUCUCAUCGUCUUCUCUUCGAAAGGCAAACUCUUCGAAUACUCCACCGACUCUUGCAUGGAAAGGAUACUUGAACGCUAUGAUCGCUAUCUAUAUUCAGACAAACAACUUGUUGGCCGAGACAUUUCGCCGAGUGAAAAUUGGGUUCUAGAACAUGCUAAGCUCAAGGCAAGAGUUGAGGUUCUCGAGAAGAACAAAAGGAAUUUUAUGGGGGAAGAUCUUGAUUCGUUGAGCUUAAAGGAGCUUCAAAGCUUGGAGCAUCAACUUGAUGCUGCCAUCAAGAGCAUUAGGUCAAGAAAGAACCAAGCUAUGUUCGAAUCCAUAUCAGCGCUUCAGAAGAAGGAUAAGGCCUUGCAAGAUCACAAUAACACGCUUCUCAAAAAGAUUAAGGAGAGGGAGAAGAAAACGGGUCAGCAAGAAGGGCAAUUAAUACAAUGCUCCAACUCGUCUUCAAUUCUUCAGCCCCAAUACUGCGUAACCUCCUCCAGAGAUGGCUUUGUGGGGAGAGUUGGGGGAGAGAACGGUGGUGCAUCGUCGUUGACGGAACCAAACUCUCUUCUUCCGGCUUGGAUGUUACGUCCUACGACGAAUGAGUAGUUAUCUAUAUAUAUAUAUACAUAUAUCUCGUACUAUAAUUAAUGUUUAAUAUUUUCAUAAUAUAUAUCAGCAUUUUUUGGUGAAUAUACUCAUUAUUAAUACUGAUAUAUGUUUUAGCUAAUUAUAUUUUAUAUGUAAUGAUGGAAUUUUAAUGUCAAGACGUAUGUACGUUAUUAUUAGAUUCACUGCGUCUUAGAACAAAGAUUCAUUUCUUUGUGAUAAUUUAUGAUGAUGUAUUGAUGGUACUUUUUCUUUUACUGUGGCAUAAAUGCGUGAAAGCAAUAUAUAUAUAUCAAUAUUCCAUUAUAUUAUUUUUA